AAAGUUUUAGCUCUCUUGUGGCAUGCGUUCUCUUUUUUUAUGAAGAAAUACACACACAUUUUUUAAGGUAGCAAACAGGAUUGGAUCAAAUAAUUUUGAUUCGAAAGAACAUCUACAUAAAUUUGUAGUUUUUUGGCAACCCCUGCAACACAACACACCUAAUGUGUUCUUUUAACCAAGUUUGUUAUAUGAAAAGUUAAAUAAAUUUAGUAUAAAAUAAUGGAUCCCUUGGAUGAGCAACUAGCUAAGUUAAGACUCAUAAAUAACUACCCGCUAUCGCCAAGGGUAUAUUCUUCAGCUUCACCAAAAGUUUUCAAUGAUUCAUCAGCAGCCAAUCCGCCGCCGAUAAUAGGAAAAGUUCCACUCAAUGAAGUAAGCCCCAAAAAAGUUGGACCUGCAGUACCACCAAAGCCGAACAAAAAAAUUAACUUCCAGUUCCCUGAGGUACCACAGAGUAUGGUUGUUAAACAAACAUGUGAACCUUUGUAUUCUAAACGUUUGCAGAGUGAUGCAACUAUUAAAAAUUCUAUUAAGGUUGAUACCAAAUCAGCAAUUGGAGCCGGACUGCCUAUUCCUCUGCCGCAACGCAAACCGACACAUUUUUCCAACCACCACAUCUACAGCAAUAACAAAGUUACUCUAGACAACCCCGAUAUACUCGACCAACAAUUGGAAGCACUCGAACACCAUAAAAAGCAACUUCAGAAGAAAGGUCUUUUGCAGAAAAACAAAAUACAAGCAAAGUCAUCUUCAGCCUCGUUUUUAAAUGAAAGUCCAAUCGGCAGCAGUUCUGGUGAUUUGUGUUUACUUAAAAACAACAAUGCUGUUCCCUCGAGUUCCAAAUCAUACAUGUAUUCAAAUCUCAAACCCACAACUGGAGCAGUGGGCUGUUUAUCCGAAGUUCGACGCAAGAACAACGAUGGCUUAAAAGUCUACAGUAACAUAAGUCAUACAAAACAGAUCAAUGCAUUUGGUGCUGCACCAGAAGAUAAUUUACCAGCAGGAAAUAAUUUCAUCUACAGUAAUGUCAAUUUUGAAAACAAUGUUGACGACUUACCACCCCCACCACCACCACCCCCUUUAGAAAUGUCUGCAGGCCUCAAUAUUACCGAUCAAUUGCAAUAUAAUAACCAGUGCAAUGUAGCUGAAGAGGACAUUCCACCACCUCCUAGUCCCGUAAGUUCUUCAUAUAGUGAGCUACGUCGUGCCACCGACAUCUAUCCCAAACUGCCUUCCUAUCCAAUGUUAGCAUAUGAAACGAAUGUCAAUGCCAAGGCAAAUUCUGGAAUAAGUACAUUGAGUAAUCAAGCCGCACAACACCCUGAACUCUCGUCAAACGAUCAACAGCAACAACAAACUUAUAUGAAUAUGUCCUAUCAUAAUAAUGACUAUAGUUCUUAUGAGAGCCCAAGCUCACAGCGCAGCUUUGGUCAAUCCUCUUCGGAUUAUUAUGGUUAUGGCAGUUCUUCACAGGGAUCUUCUACAUACGAGUCAAUUUAUGAACCAAUAAAUCCACGUCCACCUAGUCAACUAUCAUCACGCUCUAAUUAUUUGCCAUACACAUCCUAUGUCAAUAGUCCUCAGGUGUCUGAAGUGGAGAGAGCUGGAAGUGUAGAUAUGGCAGAUCGCGAGCGCAAUGUCAGCAUGAAUAAUGUUCCUCAUCUAGAUGGCAGUGGUGACUCCAGCAAUGGUGGAAAAUUGCAAAACCACAAAGAAGCCGAAGUUGAAGCAUUGACUGAUCUCUUAGUUCACUCAAUGGAUCCUGGAAAUGACGUUGACAGUUUUGGUAUUUGUGUUGCAUGCAACGAGCGAGUUAUAGGAGAAAAUUCUGGUUGCACAGCAAUGGACCAGGUCUAUCACAUUACAUGCUUUACAUGUUCACAGUGUCAAAUAAAUUUGCAAGGAAAACCAUUUUACGCACUCGAUGGUAAACCCUACUGCGAAGUUGACUAUUUAAAUACACUGGAAAAAUGUUCCGUUUGCAUGAAGCCCAUUUUGGAGCGUAUUCUUCGUGCAACUGGCAAACCAUAUCAUCCACAGUGUUUUACAUGUGUAGUUUGUGGUAAUAGUCUUGAUGGAAUUCCAUUUACUGUUGAUGCUACUAAUCAAAAUUACUGCAUUGCUGAUUUUCAUAAAAAAUUCGCUCCGCGUUGUUGUGUUUGUAAGCUGCCAAUUAUGCCAGAGCAUGGACAAGAAGAAACAGUUAGAGUGGUGGCUCUAGACAGAAGCUUUCACUUCGAGUGUUAUAAAUGCGAGGAUUGCGGAUUGCUUCUUUCAUCCGAAGCUGAAGGUCGUGGAUGUUAUCCUCUAGAUGAUCAUGUCUUAUGUAAAAGUUGCAAUGCAAAGCGAGUUCAAAUGCUUACUAAUAGAAUGACAACAGAGCUUUAAAGCUGAAUCUAAGAAAAACCUGUUCUGAUUCUUAAUUUAAUGAUCAUGUAAAAUUAGCGCAAAAUUUUAUACGAUUUCAUAGAAUUUUAAAACCAUUUUUAGCAAUUUACUAAACAACAAGAUGAUUUACCUAAUUUUAAACGAUUUCAUCUUCUUACUAGUUUAACUUUUAGCAAUUUUCUAAAGCCAUACGACAUAUGCAUAAUUCUUAGUCUUAUGAGUGCAGUCGAUGGAAUGACCAGCCUACAGAAUUCCAAUUAAUAGGCUUGUUUAUUUUCAUAAUCUGCCACUAUUUAAAAUUUGCUAAAUAUUUAGAAAAUUGCUACUUAGUAAAGUGUUAAGCCCUUAAAAUUUUGCGUAAUUUAUUUUGUGUUCAAAAAUCAUCUGUAAUUGAACAAACCAUGUUAAGAGUUAUAUUCAGAACGAGAAAGAAAGUAUUCCAUUUUAUCAUUAUUCAUAAAUAUAAUAAACAAAGUAUUAAUUCAUUCCUGUUAAAAAAAAAACUGUGAACAAACCUUAAUCCUUCAUAAAUGUUUAUAUUAAUGAAUUAUUUUUAUUUUUGGUUUAAUCCUAUUAGUAGCAUAUUUUGUGAUUUUGUAUUUAAUGCCAUAAUUCGUUAUUGAUUUUUUUAUAUUUUUAAAUAAUUUUCUUCUUCACAUGAAGUUUAUUUUCUUUUUUAAUAAAACUUAAAAUGGUCGGCCUGCUGUCCAACAGUAAACUUAAAAAGUUCACCUGGUUGCUGGCAACUUAAUUUACUAAAAAGAAUGAAUUGCAAUGUUAUAAAAGUUAAAAUGGAUAACUAAGAUAUUUUAACUUUAAUUUUGAAUGCAAUUAAUGAAACAAAAUAAUCUAUUUUUUUAAAUUAUUCCCAACUUGGUUACUUUUUAUUGGACCUAUGACAUUUUAUAAUUUAAA